GCCACGGCUGCUGAAAUAGAGCACAAACUACGAAAUUGUAGGAAAAUUUCGAAUAAAACUAUUUUAAACUUCUGAAAAGCAUAGUAUUUCACGGUGAAAGAAUGUUAAAAGCAGUAAUUCUAGUUGGUGGACCUCAAAAAGGCACACGAUUUCGGCCACUAUCUUUGGAUUUGCCAAAGCCACUAUUUCCUGUUGCUGGACGCUCAAUUAUUCAACAUCACAUCGAAGCAUGCGUUCAAAUAAAAGAGCUUAAAGAAAUUCUGGUUAUUGGGUAUUAUCCAGCGCACCAAAUGGAACAAUUUGUUGCUGACAUGCAAAACCUAUACGAUGUUAGCAUACGAUAUUUGCAAGAAUUUACGAUGCUGGGAACGGCUGGUGGAAUUCAUCAUUUUCGGGAUCAAAUUCGAGCGGGAAAUCCAACAGCAUUCUUUGUUCUGAACGGAGAUGUUUGUUCGGAUUUUCCACUUAAUGAAAUUUACGAGUUUCAUAAAUCCAAAAGUCCUGAAGCGAUGAUAACGAUAAUGAGCACUGAGGCAACUAAACAACAAUCAAUACAUUAUGGUGUAAUGGUAAUCGGGCCGACAGGGUGUGUAAAUCAUUACGUCGAGAAACCUUGUUCUUAUGUUUCAACAUUCAUCAAUUGUGGGAUCUAUAUUUGCUCAUUGGAUGUUUUUUCGGAAAUUUCGCAAGUUUUUCAUUCGCGUGAAUUGCAUUAUUCAAACGGUAAUGGUCAAAACCGUGAUCCAGGCUACAUUGAAUGGGAGCGAGAAGUUUUAACAAAACUAGCGGGAACAGGAAGAUUGUACGCUUUACCGGUCAGUCAAUGGUGGUCGCAGAUAAAAACGGCUGGCUCAGCUAUUUAUGCCAACCGAAGAUUUCUCGAUCUGUAUAAGCGAACCCACCCUGAACGGCUGGCUAAGAACGGCGUGGAAAAUAAUGAAUUUCAUUGCGAAAUUAUUGGUGAUGUUACGAUCCACCCAACGGCUCAGAUUCAUCCUACUGCAGUGUUGGGACCCAAUGUGUCUAUUGGACAGUACUGCGAAAUUUCUCAAGGUGUUCGGAUCCGUGAGUCAAUUAUCUUGGAUAACGCAGUUGUAAAAGAUCACUCCCUAAUACUGCAUAGUAUCGUUGGCCGCAAUUCUAAAAUUGGAAGCUGGGCUCGAAUUGAAGGAACUCAAAGCGAUCCAGAUCCAAAUAAGCCCUUUGCCAAAUGUUCAACAGCCCCUUUGUUCAACAGCGACGGCAAGUUGAAUCCUUCGAUUACAAUUUUGGGAUGCUUUGUUACUGUAGCACCAGAAAAAGUUCUACUUAACUCGAUUGUCUUGCCGCACAAAGAAUUGACUCGGAACUAUAAAAAUGAAAUAAUUUUAUGAAAAAAAAGUUGACAUUCAAAAUAAGAAAUUAGAAAUUGCUAUUAAUAAAGCUGUGCAAACGUUU